GAGCAGAUACAAUAUCACUUUCUGAGCCAGUUGGAACCAUACCCCAAACAACACUUACUACCCAGUCAUUCAUAGCUACGCAAGUGCUUCAAAUGUCUCACGCUCAACAACAACAACGUCCGUACAAUGUUCGUCGCCAUAACCAAAUUGUUGCAUACCGCUCUCCGCCAUUCUCUAAACCCGCAGCUAAUGUAUUAAGUCGACCGCAUGCGAUGCACCCCAACCUUCAAAAGUUAAGAAUCGAUCCUCCGGUCCUCCUGCUACUAAUCCUCUGCAUUGUCGCAUUACUUCUCUGGCUCUCUUACGGAACCUACAUGGUUGUGACAUGGUAUAUCCGUAGAUUACGGGCUAUCAAAUAUGGGAUGGAAGACAACAUGAAUCAGGAUAUUCUUAUGGCUAAGCUUGAUGGAAGAACUUAUUCGAGUGAAGAGAAUGGGAGUAAAUUCGGUCAGGCAGUAAAAUGGUCUCAUCCUUCUCCAAUAAAAGCGGGAGAUGUCAAAUUGGAACAUGCUUGGACGGGAAAGAUAGCGGAUUUAUCCAGACAUCAGAGUAUAUCAAGCGGGAGUGCACGUACUGUGUUGGGAGACGGCUGCAAGAGAUCUCCAAGUCUUGGGGAUCGAAGGAAAAGCGCCGUUUGAGAAAGACGAAUCGAAUUUGUGACCAACUAUGAUGGAGUUCUGACGUGGAAUAUACAUGUUUGUACUAAAUUGAUGAGUGUUGCAAUAUGAUAAUUCAUCAGAGGGGGGGAUUGAAUUAGCUACGAAGAAAAGCGAGGCGCCAGAAGUUUGACGGUCUGUAACUUAACAAUUAACGCUUGUGAGCAGCUUGUUGUCCUCUAAAUCGCGAGAUGAAGAGAGUAAAGAACCAAAUUAUGCAUGACCCUUUGUCUGGCUCCA